AUGGCUCAUCUUACAAACGCCGCCCAUACCGAGUCUUCUAGCCAGCAGAACCCAAAACUACGCAAUAUGCCUCCAGUGAACGAUAACGAAGAUCUAGUUGUAGACGACCAGGAGAUCACUAAAGAUGUAAGCUCAAUCUCUGAGAGUAUCAUUGCACCAUCCAAUACAAGUGUGGCAAGCUCAGUGCUUGAUUACCGCCUCGAAAAUGGACGAACAUAUCACAAGUAUAAAGAUGGCAAAUAUUACGUCCCCAACGACGAAAGGGAGAAAGACAGGCUCGACUUGCAGCACAACAUGUUCCUCCUCAUGUUUGAGAACAAGCUUGGAUCCGCCCCGCCGAAUGAGAGAGGUACAAAAGUUGGACGGACACUAGAUCUCGGCACUGGAAGCAGGAUAUGGGCCAUGGAGUUUGGUGAUGAACAUCCUGAAGCGGAGGUCUUUGGAGUCAAUCUUUCUGCAACCUGGCCAAAUUACAUGGGACCGAACGUGAAAUUUGUGAUAGAUGACGUUGAGGAGCCCUGGACUUAUGACAAGCCGUUUGAUUACAUCCACAGCCGCAUGAUGGCGUCUUCCAUCGGAGAUUGGGAGAACAACCUGAAUGCUGGCGGGUAUCUAGAACUCAAUGAGUUCGACAUCAUUCCCACGUCCGAUGACGGAUCAUUAAGGGAAGAUUCCGCAAUGCUGAAGUCAUCUCACAUGAUCAAAAAAGCUGCUGCGAUAUUUGGACGCCCAUUCCGGGAUGUUGUGGGACUAGCAGACCUGAUGAAGGGCAUUGGCUUCAGGGAUGUUAACAUCAAACGAUUCAGAUGGCCGACCAACGCAUGGCCUAGAGACCCUAGGCACAAGGAGUUGGGACUUUGGAAUAACGAAAACAUCACAUGUGGGUGGGAAGGCUUCUGUAUGGCGCCGUUCACGAGGGCGCUGAACUGGACGAGGGAAGAAGUUCUGCUUCUCAUGGACCAGGUUCGCCAUGAGUUCAACGACAAAAGUAUUCAUGCAUACUUCAACGUAUGGUCGAUCCACGGCAGGAAGCCGACGGCAGAAGCGAUAAAGUUUGGGGAAGGCAACUGA